AUGACGUUCACAAAGGGCGCGCAGGACGCGCUCCUGCAAUGGGCCAACACCUUUGCCCUCGACAAGAAGGCCGAGACAAUGGACGACUUCCAUGAUGGCGUCCUCCUCUCGCAGAUCCUCGUCGACCUCGACACCAGCUACGACCCCUCCGAAGUCCAGACCGAAGACAAGCGGUGGCUCGCCAACAAGAAGAACCUCCAGAGCGUCUACAAAGGUCUCACCCGCCUGAUCCUCCGCGAGUGUCCCGGCCUCAGCCGCCAGGCCAGGAUCGCCGACUUUCGCGCCAUCGCCUCGAGCCCCGAUGCCCAGGGCAUCUGCAAGGUAGGCCACGACCGCCCCAUGUGCUCGACCAAGCCCACCCAGCGCGUGCUAACCGCCGUCUCCCUGCAGCUCCUGGCGCUCCUGUUCGCCGUCGCCAUGCUCGGCAGCAACAACGAGCGCUACGUGACCCGCAUCACGCGCGACAUCACCGACGGCGCCGCCCUGUCGCAGCUGCAGCGCAUCACGGUCGAGAUGAAGACGGACAUGGAGGAGGCCCUCGCCGCCGCCGGCACCGACGACGCCCACGACGUGGCCGUCGAGGCGCGGGACCCGGACCUCGCCCUCGAGGAGGAGAACGCCAGCCUCAUGGCCCAGCUCGACAAGAAGAAGAAGAACCUCGCCGACAUGGAGACGCGCCUCGCCCACCUGCAGGAGAGCUACGACGACCUCAAGGACGAGGCCGCCCGCGUCACGAGCGAGCUCGAGGACGUGCGCAGCAUGCACAGCGGCGCCGGCGACCAGGUCAUCCGGAACCUCGAGAUGAAGAUCCGCGAGCAGGACGAGCUCAUCGCCACCCAGGAGGGCCAGCUCGAGGACAUGCGCAUCGCCAAGGAGCGUCUGCAGACCGAGAUGGCCGCCCUCAAGACGAGGGCCGCCCGCGGCGACGUCCUCCAGGACGAGGUCAACGAGCUGCGCUACCGCGCCGAGGAGCUCGGCCGCAAGGCCAACAUGGUCGAGCGCUACAAGCAGAAGCUCGAGGCGAGCAGCAAGAUGCAGAGCGAGCUCGACAACUUGCGCUACGAAAAGGAGGAGAUGCAGCGCGACCUGCUCGAGUACGAAAAGGUCCUGAAGAGGAACCGCGCCCUCGAGCUGGCCAACGACAAGUACGCCGAGAAGAUGCAGGACUACGAGGUCCAGCUUAUCGAGCUGGACAAUAAGCGGAAGGAGGAGUACAACGAGAUGAUCGCGCUCAGGGAACACCUCGAGUCUCUCAGCGCGCAGCGCAAGGCCGACGAGAUGUUCAUCGGCGAGCUGCAGGAGCAGAUCAGCACGGGUGGCCACGGCGCCGGGAACAAGUCUCCGUCGAGCCCUGGGGGCGCCGGGUUCAACCUCGACGAGGAGCUCGAGAACGCAAAGGACGUGGCGCCCAAUCUGAGCCUCGAGAUCUCACGACUCAAGGCUGAGAACCAGCUGCUGCGCAGCAGCAUGGGCUCCGGAUCAGAAAACUCACGCCUGCGCAGGGAGCUCGAGGAAGAGCGCGCGCAGCGCAACCGGCUGCAGAAGAAUUUCAACGAUAUUCACGAGAAGCACACCGUGGCGGAAGCACAGGUCCAGUCACUGCUGCGCGACAUGACGGACGAAAAGGCCUACACCGAACUCGUCGCACAGCAGAAGAAGUCGGAAUUGGAGCUCAAGCAACACAUUGAGCUGGCGACAGAACUGCGAAACCGCAUCGCGGACCGUGACCGCGAACUGUUGAGUGUGAAGACUGACCUUUCAGCCGUCGAGAAGGAUAGUAUAGAAGCGCUCGAAGAGCUCAAGGCAACCGACAAGCUCAUCUCCGGCUCACUGCACGAGGAGCUCGAGGCGCUGCGAACCGACCACAAGAACGCCACCACGGACGUGCAGGAGGCGCAAAAGGCACUGACCAAAGCCCUCCUCGAGAAGGACGAGCUUCGAAAGGAUCUCGACACCGUCAAGGAGCAGGGCGCUGGUCAAGACUCGUCCAAAUAUCUGGAGAAGAUCCAACAGCUGCGUGACCGGCUCAAGGAGCGCAAUGAGGUGAGUUGCCCUCUUUCAGUCCAGUCGAGAUACACGCGAGACCACAUCGCCAUCUACCCCGACAACAGCACCCGCCUCCCCGGGCAGUCCGCAAGGCCGCCUACGUGCAAGCAGGCCCGUAGUAGCAUCUUGCCAGCCCGUCCUCCCGCUGCCCUUGUCAGGGACAGACACCCGCUGGCGCGAGAACCAGCCUUCACGAUGACCGCUCCCAAGCUCUCCCUUUCGUCCGUACACCCCCCAGCUUGCAUGGGAAAGGCAGGAUCAGGCAUUCCUGCCCCUGUUCAAGGCUUCAACCCGAUACUCCCCAAACCCAAGGAACGGCCCACGUCUUGGUUGUCUAUCCACAGCAGCGUCCCACAAGAGAAGCGUAGCUCUUGGGGGUCACUGCUCUGGUAG